CAGGCGGUGGGAGUGGUAUGGGCGGCAACACGAACAAUGGCUUGAACAAUGCUUCCAUUGGUGGGGCCUCCAGCGCUAACACUAUGAAUACUUCUUUGGUUACCGCCGUCACGAAUUCUUCUCCUUCUCCGGCUGCAGCUGCAGCUGGGACGGCUGCUUCCGCUGUUGCGUCUGUGCCUGCGCUAACGAAGGCUGAUGAACUUGUGAUGGGGGUGCCUUCCCGGCAGAAGGAGCAGCACCCCUUUCGGUUGCGCUGUCUGCUGAUGAGGGAGGACUUUGCUGCCCUGUCCGCCGCCUUCUAUGGGCAACGCAAGAUAAAAAAUGCAGACGUCAUUCGUGAGCGACAGGCCUUGACAUUUGAAAAGCUCGCUGACCUGGAGCGGCGGCGGGUCACAGGGUCCCCCAGCAUGUGGCUUGGCACAUUACGGUUUUCCAACUCAUUGACCGGGGCGGAUGAGGAGGUGCAGGUGUUCAGCACAUUAGGCGCAUUUCAGACAUUUACCGUUCCUUUGAGAAUCACACUGACACCGCAAACCGCAUCGACGGUGUCUGCGGCAGCUCCAACAAGAAUAGGAGGAGAGGGAGGGGCUGAGACGAACCGGAUGCAUUAUGGGGCAGAGACUGUGUACACGGGCGAGUUGGUUGUAUCCAACCCAUGUUCGCAACACACUGUGGUACUCUCCAUCACACCCCUGCGGGACAAGGCAUAUCAGGACACUGUGGCUGUCUCCUGCAUUCAACUCCAAGAGAUGCCGACGCCGCAAAGCGAAGGGUUGAAAUUGCCGAGUACGCCGCGUGGCAACAUAUCCAUGACAGUGGAGAAGAGGCACACAGUCACAAAUGCUGCCGAUCCCACGGCCGGUUUUUUUUUUCCGCCGCCUCCUCGUACCACCACUGCGACAACUGCAGCAGCCACGGUUCUUACAUCAGAGGUACCGAACACGGACGAGACGACAACAACGCUUCUGUCGAUUUUGCCGCAGUCAGUGCAACGUGUACGGGUAUUGAUGCGUGUGGAUGCAAGCCGACAUCAGCCAAAUGUGGAGCAGGCUGUGGCGCUUGUACUAUUCGAUGAAAGUGUUCCAUGUAGUGUGGCGAAAGUACGCAUUGUUCUUGCCCCACUAGAUGAGAUGGCACAACAACAACAUAAACAGGAGCAACUCUUUUUACAAACAUCAGGAUCACGUGUAGAGGCCAGGGGGGCUGCUGCUGGUUCUGCUGAUGCUGGUGGCUGUGAAGGUCUUCUGGAGGGUACUGUGGGUGUUGAUAGGUCGACGAUGACCACCACCACCGCUAUGAGGAGGGCAUCGCCAACCAGGACGGCCACAACUUCUGGUAUGGGGAAUAUUAAUGCCGCUGGUGGAAUUGCAGCGUCAGGGCAUGCCUAUUGGGCGUCAUCAUCUUCAUCAUCGUCAUAUUUGUGUGUGCUCAGUUUACAUGGCGAUUGCCAGGCUGUAGCUGGAUGCCAGGGGACGUACACAUGCCGUUUUACUUACGCAAAGGAUUCACCCCCGCCGAUAGGUAUUACCAUCCGUAAUAACCUCAGUGAUACGGUGGUGGAUUACAGCGUUACCAUUUUUUCGCAAGGGCCACAACCUUGGUUACUUCUACCUAGUGCCACGGCAGUACUCGAACCAGGGAAGGCCCAACCAUUGCGUCUGAACAUCCUCUCAACAGGGGCGGGCUCGUUCAGUGGAUAUGUGGGUAUUAGCACCAGUGCUGCUCCAGGGGAGAUGCUGUUGCUGCAGCUUACAGCCGAGGUGUUUCUGCCUACAGCGGGAGAGGGUCUCUUUGAGAUAGUUGCGCCCAAUGGCCAGCGGAUGUCUACAAACGCCGAGCGUAGCGUAUUUAUUGGUCGUCUUUUUGGAGCAGGCACGCACCGCGCAUAUGUGGCGCUUGAGAUUGUGAACCGCGCGACUAUUCCACUUGAGUUUCCUGUAUCCGUCGUGAAACCAUUCCGCAUGGAGUUCAAUAACACUCCAGAUGAAGGGGAUGAUCUCAGCUCCGCCACGACUACUAGCACCAAUACGACUGCCGCCACUGCCAACGCCAAGACGAAUGCCGGCGGUAUACUCAAUAGUGGCAUUGGACGGACCUCAUCCCAGGAUGUGGAGGGAGCAGAAGAUGAUGAUGGCAAACAACAAAUUGGUGUUGAUGCUCGCCCGGAGUGUGAUGUGCGGUUGCUGGUUUGCCAUUUACACAACGUUCCGGAGAUGCGAGGGCAACGACGUUUUGUCGUGGAUCCCAAGUCGCGUGUGAAUGUGUCAUUCCUCCUCAUAUGUGACCGACUGUCACUUCCAAGUGGUGUCACCGUGUCGGGGGAGGCGGAGGUGGUUUUGAAGUGCAAGCAGGCCCGCGAUGCACGGUUUGUCUUAAAGGCACGUUUUCAAGUUUGCGGAUCUUCAAUGGUGUCGCCGAGACAACUAUUUUUUGCGGCAGCGGAGGAUUACACUGUGACAAUUCCCGUGAAGAACCUCCGCUCGCGCGAGAUCCGUGUCACAUUCCGCACGGCAUCCCCUAUCCUUGACGUGCUGCCGGGGCAAGGCAGAGAAAAGGACGGGAACGGUAAGGAGGAAAUGGAGGUGGACGGACAGCCGCAACCGCAGCCGCAGCCGGGGGAAAACCAUACAAACCUUUUCGUUAUUCCAGGAGGUGGGUCCGCGACGGUUCGUGUGCGACUAGACGUUGCUCGUGUGGCCGCCAUGUUGUCGUGGGGCGCAUCUGGCGACAUGGCCGCUGCCCUCCCUGUGCUCUACGAUCACGGUCUGCUGCUUAAUGCCCAGAACCCCAGUGAACGUUUGCGAGUAGAGUUGUGUUACGUGCCGCCCAAUGCUUUUCUGCCGGCCACACCCUUUUCUAUUGCUGUUGCCGCCGCUGCGCAGCCGAUCGCGAAGUCCCUGAAAGUCGGCCGUCGGCAGAUCAGUGAGCAGAGGCUUUUUAACUUUGUGCGGUCCUUCUGGCGGGUGCUGUUGGAGGCCGCGGAUGCGUUUCUGCCGGAGUUCCAGUACUACACGGCCCAGCGGGGAAUCGAGGCCACCGACGCCACACGUGAGGCAACGUCUCAUAUCAUCAGUGCCACUGCCGGUGCAAAUUCCAACAGCACCUCCAUCGUCAAUACGAGCAGCAGCAAUCAUCAUAAUCAUAGUAACAAUCAAGUGAGCCACACCACGGCUGGUGCAAUUGCACAUUACCGGCCAGCGCUGUGUUCCCUGCUUGUGGAUCUCACCUGGUUGGUCGAGGAGCUGGUGCAUUACUCCGUCUUGCUGAGUAAUUCACGUCCAAUUGAGGCGUACGGCGUUUUUCUCACGGCGGCUGUCACAAAUCACCCGCUGAUGCGUGCAUGGCGGCGGCACAAGGCGAAUCUACCAAAUACACGCACUUUCGCCAUCUUUGGGCAGUACUGGGAGACCAUCGACGCGCUACCGUGUCUGACGCCAUCCUCCGACUAA